AUUGGUGAAGCUAAUUAAAGCGCCGUGUGUGUGUGUGUGUGUUUGACAAAACAGUAAUUAAGAAAAACAUAUUAUGCGUAAAUUGUACGCAACGUUGAACCCCCAACCACACGAAGCCACUCCCAUCAGUUCAAAGCAGGAUGCACAGCGACAAGACAUGGACCAAAGUGACAAUGACCUUCAAGGAACUGAUGGUUCGGGAUUCCUUGGAGGUCUUGAUGUACGCAGACAGAUCCCAAUCAAGUUACUAUCAAAGCAGACGGAAAGAGGCAAGCUGCCCGCCCGACCUCAGCGUCCCAACACUAGAUUGCCCUCAAAAACUGAAGAAGAGCCUUUCAGCUAUAACCAAGAGGAAAGAUUUGAGUGUAAGUCUGGAGAUGCUUAUGGAAAACAGCGCAGAUUCCCUCAGCCAAUCUUCUGGGAUUAUAAGCUUAACUUGGUAGGAGUAAAAGAUGACACUCCAGCUCAUUUUUGUGACAAGUGUGGUCUGCCAAUAAAGAUCUAUGGGCGAAUGAUUCCCUGUAAGCAUGUCUUCUGCUAUGACUGUGCAGUUAACUAUGAGAAGAAAUGUGACAAGAUGUGCCCUGGCUGCUCAGACCUGGUCCAGCGCAUCGAACAGUGCCAGCGCGGUUCCCUCUUCAUGUGCAGCAGUGUGCAAGGCUGCAAACGCACCUACCUCUCACAGCGAGACCUGCAGGCCCACAUCAACCAUCGCCACAUGAGGGCCAGCAAGACCGGAUCCUCUCGCCCGGAUCCACCACACCCGGCGCUGGCCUCCAACUCACCAGACCGCUUCCGAUUGCCGCCACCUCCUCACCUGGCUAAAACACACCCUCUCGUUCCUCCCCCACUGCAAGGCCACGAUACCUACAACCAUCCACCUCCAACCUCUCCCUCUGAUCUGGGACCCUCCCCGCGGCCUCUCCCCCCGGAAACCUUCCGAAUCGCCACAGUGACUACACGUAAGCAUAGCAACCUCAUCACAGUGCCCAUUUAUGAUGACUCCAGGAGCUCCGGCCCCUGCCCCCAUGAGCCACAUCCACAGACCCCUCCUGGCCCGCCUCCACACCAUCACCCUGGUGAUUACGCCAGCCAACCAUUGGUGUCCCAUCCGCAUCAUAUCAUGACUCCACCACAACAACAACAUUACGGGCCUCCGCCGCCUCUGAGCAUCCCCAUUCAGCACCCACCACAAGGCUCAGCCACACCUCACAUUGUUUACAAUCAACCACCUCCCAUGUCAACACCACCUCCACCCGGACACAUCAUCAGCCAGUUGCCACCCUACAUGAAUCACCCUCCACCUUGUCCGAUUCCCCCGGUCAGUGCACACCACUACAACCUAAACUCAAUGCCACAGGACCAAAGCACUCUUAGCCCACCUUUUACCCAACCGGGUGCCAUGAGCCCAGGGAUGUGGCCCAAUCCCCAUGGCCCUCAUCCUUCCCGUAUGCAGGGGCCGCCACCACAGGGACAGAUGCCAGGGCCUCAUCACCCCGACCAGUCACGAUAUAGACCCUAUUACUAGUAGUAUCCCAGCUUUGUUGGCUCCUUCAGACCGUUUGACCAUAGAUGGUUAACCAUAUCUCGUCAGAAACAACACUAAACUGUCUGAGCUGUUUGUCUUUACUGAUAACUUAAUAUGAUGAUCUCCAUUACUGUCAAUUUUGUACUAAUGUCCUGCAUUCAAGGAGGUUCCAUGGAAGAAGAAUAGUUGAGUGAAAAAAAAAAAACUACUUUUUUUAGUUAAUAAUUUAACUGAAUUUUGUUUUAAACAUUUACUUAAAGUUUUACCCAACAACUGCAAUAAAUGAAACUUGAAUUCUA